UAGAAACAACAAGCCGCCAUUUUGUUUGUGCGGACAGACUGUCAGAAACAGGAGGAGAUAACCGAGAGAAGGAGCGAUUCCGGCUACCGACGGCAGCCGCUCCGGGAACCGCCGGGGGAAGAAAGAGUGGCCGAACCGUGGCCGUGUUUUCGGGGGAGAGGAACCAUCACGACGAAGAUAAGACGUCCGCGGAGGGAAAAAGCGACUCGGUGACAUAUUUAUAUAUGUGCAUGAGAAGGAAAUACUUCGAAAAAUCCAAGGAAGGGGGUGUUUUACGGAGCGGAGACGGGGAGGAGGAGAGGCGGAAGAGGGCUGUGUGCUAUAACCGAGGAAAAGAGCUGCGAGUACGGGGAAAACAGCAACAUGAAAAAUCAGUAUGUGUCCGUCGCGGAGGAAGGAAAGAGCCCGCAUAGACAAUUAUAUAAAUAAAUUGCUGCCGGGCAGAAGGGAGAGGUGGAAAGAAAGACGGGUUUAAAGAGAAGGGGGAAAAUUGCCAGGAUCAACACGAAGGGGGGCAUUCACCAUCACAAAGAGUCAACGAAAGGAUUUUGUCAGCCCCAAAAUAUUUUACAAGGGGGGGUGUCAACAUUUAUUGUGCCGAGCAGAAGCUUCCGAAAAGAGCCAUAAUUUCUCCACCGUCAAUUUCUCCUCUCAUAUUCGCCCGUCGCUCGUUAGCCGUGCUCCUGCUUUUGGUUCCUUUUCUCGUUUGCAUGGCCAAGACACCUUCCGAGCGGCGAAAAAAACGUUUAUUUUCUCGAGCAUAUCUGCGCCGCUGCUUUUCAUCAUCUGAGCUUUUCAAAACCGGGCGAGAAGGAGAAGAAGCAAGAGGAGGAACCUCUUUCUGCAAAAUAGAACUAAUUGGAUCAAUCUGACUGCCCGCUGAUUGGCAAUUUGCACUGAUUGCCCUCAAGAAGUGGAAAAAAAGAGGAAAAAAUCUGCAUGCAUGCGAAGAGACUGCACAAGAGCAGAGAUUUUUUAUUUUUUUGGUUAUAGACAUUUCAUUUGUGCAAUACGAGUCUUUCUGACCCAGUGCCUUGCAUGGUCAAAUACUAAAGUGCACAAAUCAGUCAGCAUGCACAUGCAAAAGAAGAAAGUCAUGCAUGGAAAUGCACAUCUGCAACAGACUUUGUUUUUAUGUGAGUAACUGCUAAAGUUCAGUGUUCCACUGUUUAUUCACUUACUGCUCAGCCGAUGCAAGUUUCUUUUUCUCGGUGUUACACUUGAGAAACUGUAUUUUAAACUGCUGCUGCCUUUUUUUUAAAUGUGUGCUUUUGGAAACGGAUCGACUGCCAGCUCAGAGAUGUGUGCUCAGGUGAGAGAAAUGGUAAAUCUCAUAACUGUUGCAUGAGAGAGCGGCCUCCUGAAGUUAUCACAGAGGGGGACACUCCUGGCUUGUGUUUUUUUCCGGAUCACACUUGUCAUUUUCCUCACCCAAGACACGCCUCUGGAGCGUUUCAAAUUAGAAAAUAAAGGAUUUUCUCCGCCGACUAUGGCGGACAGGACUGAGUGCGGCACGGCAGACGGAUCUUGGGACAGUUUUUUUGUCGCAGGAGAGGCUACAUGAGGUUGUCAGAGGGCCGCACGCUUUUUGCCUUUUUUGCCGACUCCACCUUCCCACCUCCUCCUGUUCAAAUCUGUGAAGAAACGAAAUCUCCGACAGGGGAGGGGGACCGAUAUCUGCAGAGAGGAAUAAACCGAGAGAGGGAGGACUGAGAGUUCAACAUUGCUGUCCUCUCCCCUACCGUCCCCCAAGCGGUGGGGGAACGAUCAGAAACACUUCUUAAAACGGACUAGGAGACGCAAAUAAGGGACAUAUAUUUGCCCUCCUUGGAUCUGCAGCUAUUUUUUUUAUUAUUUCGUCAAAAAUAUGGCCGAUAAUGUCCUGGAGUCCGGCCCGCCUUCAGCCAAGAGGCCCAAGCUGUCCUCUCCAGCUCUCUCAGUGUCUGCCAGUGAUGGAAAUGAUUUUGGUUCACUCUUUGACCUAGAGCAUGACCUACCAGAUGAGCUUAUCAGUUCUUCGGACCUGGGACUGACCAAUGGAGGGGAUGCCAGCCAACUUCAUACCAGCCUUGGAGGGGUUGGAGGAGGGAUUGGUGUAGGAGGUGGCCAGGAUGCAGCUACAAAACACAAGCAGCUCUCUGAGCUACUGCGUGCUGGAGCACCAGCACAGCAGGGUGGUCCUACUUCCAAUAGUACACCACCCGCGGCUUCAAUGGGGAUGAUGGGGAGUGUCAGUGUCUCCACUGGUGGACCUCAAGGGAUGACCCCCCAGGGCCAGCAGCAGCCGGGACUAAUGCAGCAGGUUGGAAUGGUUGGAGGGGUGGCAGCGAUCAAUCGGGCAGCAGCCAUGAUGGGUGCCCAGAAGGGCAACACUGGACAGCAGCAACAAGGGCUGAUGGGGGGACAAGUAGUAAAUGGCUCGCCUAGAAUGGGUUACCCUGGCAGUGCCGGCAUGGGUAACAGUAGUAAUCUUCUGGCUGAAACCCUACAGCAGCAGCAAGGGGGUCAGCAAAUGGGAGCCGGGGGUCAGGCAGGGAUGAGACCACAGCAACCUGGAGCACUGAACAAGAUGAAUAUGAUGGCCAAUGCGGGCCCCUAUGGUGGUCCGUACGGCCAGUCUGCUGGCCAGGGACUGCCUGGAGCAGGGCUGGGCCCGCAGCUCCAGAAUAAGGCAGGUCUGCCCAACAACAUGGCUGCCCAGUUCAACAUGGACAAGAAGGCACCACCGGGUCAAGCUAUGCCUGGAAUGGCGCAGCAGCAGCAGCCUGGAGCUGUUGGCAGCGCGGCCAUCGGUGGAGCAGCAGCAGUGGGAGGGGCCCAGGUUGGAUUAAGUGCCGUAGGGGCAGGACACGGCGCGACGCCCCCUACUGCAGACCCCGAGAAGCGGAAACUGAUUCAACAGCAGCUGGUCCUCUUGCUCCACGCGCACAAGUGCCAACGGAGGGAGCAAGCCAACGGGGAAGUGCGGCAGUGCAACCUGCCCCACUGCCGCACCAUGAAGAACGUGCUCAACCACAUGACUCAUUGCCAGGCUGGCAAGUCCUGCCAGGUGGCGCACUGUGCCUCAUCCAGACAGAUCAUCUCGCAUUGGAAGAAUUGCACACGACACGACUGUCCUGUAUGCCUGCCACUGAAAAAUGCUGGAGACAAGAGGAACCAGCAGUCUCUUGUCAACAGUGCAGGGAUGGGUUUAGUGAACUCUUUAGGUUCUGCGGCGCCAGGUGGACAGUCCAACACCCCGAACCUGAACCCUCCCAACCAGAUUGACCCCAGCUCCAUAGAGAGGGCCUACGCUGCACUAGGCCUCACUUACCAGGGCAACCAGAUGCCACAGCAGUCACCACAGGCCAACAUGCCAAACCAAGGGCUGCAGGGGCAGGCUGGGAUGAGGACCGUAAACACCCUGGGAGGAAACUCUAUGGGAGUGAAUGGUGGAGUGGGGGUGCAGCCUCCUAACCAGCAGUCCGCUCUACUGCCAGACGCCAUGUUGCACAACAGCAUGAAUGCACAGAGUUUGAUGAAUGAUGGUGUAGGGAACCUGGGCUCCAUGCCCACAGCCACUCCACCUUCUGCUGCAGGCAUGAGGAAGUCUUGGCACGAAGACAUCACGCAGGACCUCCGUAACCACCUUGUCCACAAGCUUGUGCAGGCCAUCUUCCCCACUCCAGACCCAGCUGCACUAAAGGACCGGCGGAUGGAAAAUUUGGUGGCUUAUGCUCGGAAAGUAGAAGGGGACAUGUACGAGUCAGCCAACAGUAGGGCAGAGUACUACCACCUGCUGGCAGAGAAGAUCUACAAAAUCCAAAAGGAGCUGGAAGAAAAGAGGAGGACGCGGCUCCAGAAGCAGGGCAUGAUGCCUGGCCAGCCGGGCAUAGCUCCUUCAGGCCUCCCUCAGGGGCCUCCCAGCAUUGGACAGCCACCCAUGCCCCCAGGGCAACCCCCUAAUGGACCUCAUCCUGAUCCGUCCAUGGUAAGACCAACUGGGCCCAAUCAGAUGGCAAACAGGAUGCAGAACCCAGCAGGAAUGAACCAGUUUGGUCAGAUGGGGAUGGGUCAGAGGUCGACGCCCCCUCUUCCUCUUAACCCUCCAAUGAACCAGAUGGGUAUGGGAGCCCCAAGACUAGGUCAGCCCAAUGCCACACAGUUACAGAACCAGUACCUUCCUCCAGGACAGUUUCCCGGGUCCAGUCCUGGACUUGGUUCUGGUCCUGUUGGCAUGAACCAACCAGCAGCACAGACUGCCGUGCCACCGCAGAACCAGAUGUCAACGCCACCUUCCCUCCCAGCCAGCAGCCCUGCAGCACCCUCUGCCUCUUCAGCUCCAGGUCCUGGAGCACCUGGAGGCUGUAUGGGGUCUGCUAAUGCCAGUGGUGCUGGGCCUCUACCCAACCUGCCUCCAUCCUCCACCCAGCCUAACUCCUUCACUCACUGCCCACCAAUCCGAACAAACUCCCCGUCACCAGCACGCAGCUUAACGCCUCAACCCCAUCAAACACCGCCCAUGUUAGCUGGUUCUCAGACCCCGCAGCCACAGACCCCCAGCACACCCCAGCUUCCCCCUCCACAGCACCCACAGCAACAACAACAACAACAACAACCCUCACAGCAGCAGCUACCAUCAGGACAGGCGGGGAACUCUGAGAAAGCCAAUCAGCUUCCACAGCAGACGCUUGGGGGUGUGGCUUCCUCAGGCCCACCCGCAGGUCAAACGCCUUCGGUGCCGACCCAGAAUGCUCAUGUGCCAUUACAGCUACCGCAGACUCCACUGUCUCCGAAGCCUUCUGUGACAGCAGAUGGUCAGGUGUCCUCUCCAGCCUCGGUCACCAGCAGCACUGAUCCCAACUCCCAACUUCCCCCAGUAGAUGUCCCUGCUGCCAGCCAGGAAGACAUCAAAAUGGAGGUGAAGAAGCAGGAGGAGGAAGAUGAAGGGGCUGACACCCAAAGUGAGGGCAAGGGGAAGAUGGGCAAGGGUCAGUCUGACGUGAAAAUUGAGGAGAAACCAGAGAUAAAGAAGCCAUCUGGAGAUGGGUGUAAAGGCGAGCCCAUGGAUACAUCUUCAUCCUCUGUGCCAUCGUCGGUAGCAACGAGUGAAGACAAAAAGCCAGAGGUGAAGAAGGAGCCCAAAGAAGAAGAGGAGGGUUCAGGGUCAGCGUCCACCAACAGCUCCCCAGCCAGCGCUCAGAGCAAGAAGAAAAUCUUUAAACCGGAGGAGCUGCGUCAGGCUCUGAUGCCCACCCUGGAAGCUUUGUACCGGCAGGACCCUGAGUCCCUACCCUUCCGUCAGCCGGUGGACCCCCAGUUACUGGGAAUACCCGUACGUAUUCGAACUAGUAACAAAACUAACCUGGACUACUUUGACAUCGUGAAGAACCCUAUGGACCUGUCGACCAUCAAGCGGAAGCUGGACACGGGACAGUACCAAGAACCGUGGCAAUAUGUGGAGGAUAUCUGGUUGAUGUUCAACAACGCCUGGCUGUACAACCGAAAGACGUCCCGGGUCUACAAGUACUGCUCCAAGCUGGCCGAGGUGUUCGAGUCGGAGAUUGACCCCGUCAUGCAGGGCCUAGGGUACUGUUGUGGGAGGAAGUUUGAGUUUUCUCCCCAAACUCUAUGCUGCUAUGGAAAACAAUUAUGCACCAUCCAACGUGACGCUGCUUAUUUUAGCUACCAGAACAGUUCACCAAAAUAUGGGCUUCUUGCUGACAGGUACCACUUCUGUGAGAAGUGUUUCAACGAAAUCCAAGGCGAGAGUGUUUCCCUGGGGGAUGACCCCUCCCAGCCUCAGACGUCCAUCAACAAAGAUCAGUUCCAACGAAAAAAGAAUGACACACUUGACCCUGAGCUACUUGUGGAAUGUAUUGACUGCGGUCGUAAAAUGCACCAGAUCUGUGUCCUGCAUAAUGAAACCAUAUGGCCGUUAGGCUUUGUAUGCGACAACUGCCUCAAAAAGGCCAAUAAGACGCGGAAAGAGAACAAAUAUGCAGCCAAAAGGCUUCCUCAGACCAAGCUGGGGAGCUAUUUGGAGACACGAGUGAACGACUACCUCAAGCGGCAGAAUCACCCUGAGUCUGGCGAGGUCACCAUCCGUGUGGUCCACGUCUCAGACAAGGUGGUUGAGGUCAAGCCGGGUAUGAAGUCCAGGUUUGUGGACAAUGGAGAGAUGGCUGAGUCUUUUCCAUACAGGAUGAAAGCCCUGUUCGCAUUUGAGGACAUCGAUGGGGCAGAUGUAUGUUUUUUCGGCAUGCACGUUCAAGAGUACGGCUCGGACUGCCCACCUCCCAAUCAGAGACGAGUGUACAUUUCUUACCUGGACAGCGUGCACUUCUUCAAACCUCGACACCUCAGGACUACCAUCUACCAUGAGAUCCUUCUGGGAUACUUGGAGUAUGUCAAAAGGCAGGGGUUUACAACAGGACACAUCUGGGCCUGCCCUCCUAGUGAAGGGGAUGAUUACAUCUUCCACUGUCACCCAGCGGACCAGAAGAUUCCUAAGCCAAAACGCCUGCAGGAAUGGUACAAGAAGAUGCUGGACAAGGCGGUUGCUGAACGCAUUGUCCACGAUUACAAGGACAUCUUCAAGCAGGCUACAGAGGACCGGCUGACCAGUGCCAAGGAGCUGCCGUACUUUGAGGGUGACUUCUGGCCCAACGUGCUGGAGGAGAGUAUCAAGGAGCUGGAGCAGGAGGAGGAGGAGAGGAAGAGGGAGGAAAACAGUACCUCCAAUGAGAGCACAGAUGCCACAAAAGGAGACAGCAAAAAUGCCAAAAAGAAGAACAAUAAAAAGACGAGCAAGAACAAGAGCAGCUUAAGCCGAGCCAAUAAGAAGAAACCAGGGAUGCCCAAUGUUUCCAACGACCUUUCCCAGAAACUCUACGCCACCAUGGAGAAACAUAAAGAGGUCUUCUUCGUCAUCCGCCUCAUCGCCGGCCCCACCGCCAACUCGCUGCCUCCCAUCACUGACUCGGAUCCUCUCAUGGCUUGUGACCUGAUGGACGGUCGUGAUGCUUUUCUGACUCUGGCCAGGGACAAGCACUUAGAGUUCAGCUCUUUAAGGAGGUCCAAAUGGAGCUCCAUGUGUAUGUUGGUGGAGCUCCACAACCAGAGCCAGGACCGCUUUGUCUACACCUGCAAUGAGUGUAAACACCACGUUGAGACCCGCUUCCAUUGCACUGUGUGUGAGGACUAUGAUUUGUGCAUCACCUGCUACAACACUAAAGGUCACGAGCACAAGAUGGAUAAGCUGGGGCUUGGGCUGGAUGAUGAUAGCAACAACCAGGCAGCAGCAGCUACCCAGAGCCCUGGUGACUCUCGCCGCCUCAGUAUCCAGCGCUGCAUCCAGUCACUAGUCCACGCAUGCCAGUGCCGCAACGCCAACUGCUCUUUGCCAUCCUGCCAGAAGAUGAAGCGUGUUGUUCAGCACACAAAAGGUUGCAAGCGGAAGACGAACGGUGGCUGUCCCAUCUGCAAGCAGCUCAUUGCUCUGUGCUGCUACCACGCCAAACACUGUCAGGAGAACAAAUGUCCCGUCCCGUUCUGUCUGAACAUCAAGCAAAAGCUCCGGCAGCAGCAGCUGCAGCACAGACUCCAACAGGCCCAAAUGCUGAGGAGGAGAAUGGCCAGCAUGCAGAGGGUGGGGCAGCCACCUGGAGGGCAACCAGGAGGACCUGUGGUAGGACUUCCAUCUCCAGGAAACAAUGGUACCACAGCACCCAGUACCCCAACGUCUGGUGGAACUCAACCUCCAACUCCGCAGACCCCUACUCAAACAAUGCCUCCAGUUCCACAGCAGGGAAUGGGUCCUGGACCUGGAGUACAGCAGCAGCAACAGCCUGGAGGGAUGCCUCCUCAACAUGCCCUUCAUCACCAGUUCCCACAGAUGGCUGGUGGAAGUGGUGCGCCAGGAGGGAUAAUGAACUCUCCUCAACAUCAGCAGCAAAUGCUUCCUCAGGUCCAGCCACAACAGCAAAGUGGAACUGGGACCAACCCUCAGCAGCUCCAACAGCACCCCAACAGUUUGCCUCAAUAUGCCAGCAGACCACCAGGCUCCUCCCCAAUCCACCAGUCCCAGGGUAAACCUGUUGUUGGCUCUGCAACGCCUCCCCAGCAACAUUCUGGUGGCGCUGUCAUAGCUGGAAGUGUUGGGGGUCAACAGGCUCCCAGCCAGUCGCAGGGCCAGGCUUCACUUCCACAGCAGCAACAGCAGCCUCCUUCUGGCCCUCCACCGGCAGCAGUAGAAAUAGCUAUGAAGAUUCAGCAGGUGGCUGAUGCUCAAAGGAAGAUGGCUCUACAGAGACAAGCAGCCCAGGCAGCUGCAGGGUUGAUGCCUCCUCACCCCCACCACCAACAGGGUCAAGGUCAGCAGAUGGGCAUGGGACACCCAGGGGCGGUAGGGCUGGUUGGACAGGGGAUGCCACCACAGAACCAAGCAGCAGUGGCAGCCGCUCGCGUCCACAUGGAUCAACAGCAAGGUGCUCCUCCAGGGAUGAUGGUUGGUGCUGGUGGGCCCAUGCAGCAGAACCCUCAACAGGGCAGCCUGCCACAGGGCCAGCUCUCCACUCAGGUGCAGCUUCAGCAGCAGAGGAUGGGUGCUCCACUUCAGAACCCUCCACAGCAGCAACAGCAGUGGGCAGGCCAGGGGAUGCCACCCCAGCAGAGGCAAGCUAUGAUGAACCAAAUGGGCCAUCAAACCAUGAUGGCAACUCAACAUCAACAGCAGCAACACCAACAAGCUCAGGGCCAUGCUGCCUUGAUGAACAUGGCGCAGCAGCAGCAGCAGCAGGGUGCUGGCGGUGGGGUCACAGGAGGAGCUGUCCCUGGAGUUGCAGGGGUGGCUGCUGCUGGUGGAAACAUCCCCCAGGCAGCCCUGCAAGAGCUAUUAAGGACUCUUCGAUCGCCUAGCUCACCGCUCCAGCAACAGCAAGUCCUCAACAUCUUGCGGUCUAACCCACAGCUCAUGGCUGCUUUCAUUAAGCAAAGGGCCUCAAGAUACAAGGGGGGGCAGGGGGGCCCUCCUGGACCAGGAGGUCUCCCAGGCGGCGUCCCUGGAGGACCUGGUCCCACAGGGGGUCCUGUUGGAAAUGUGAUUCCAGGAGGGGGUCCACAGGUGAACAUGAAUGCUGCAGGUGCCGGCCAGCCAGGGAUGCACAUGGGGGGUCAGGGGGCGACAAAUGUCAACAUCGCCACAAUGGCUCAGCUCCAGCAACAGCAGCUACAGCAGCAGCAGCAGCAGCAGCUACAACAACAGCAGAGGCCAAUGCUCAGCGGUUUACAACAGCAGCAAGUUGCAGCUCUCCAACAGCAGCAGCAGCAACAACAAGGGGUAGGUAGAGGAAUGCAGGGCCAGGGGCCACAAAUGGGAAAUCUCAACGGCCCCCAGUUUAGAGAGCUGCUCAUGAGACGACAUCUUCAGCAGCAGCAGCAGCAACAACAGCAGCAGCAGCAAAUGGGAGUAAAUCACGUACAAUUCCAGCAGCCACAGCCACCUCAGGGCCAGGGAUUCAUGGGACAGCCAGGGAUGCAGCCUCCUGCAGUGGGACAGGGUCCACCUGGAGGUCCACCUCUUGGCCCUCAGCAACCAGGUGGCCCCCCAGGCCAGCAGGGCCAAGGUUACCCAGGAUCAGUGGCCCAACAGCAGGCCACAGCUGCACUCCAGCAGAGGCUCCAGCACCAGCACCACCUUCAGAUGCAGCAGCAGCAGCAGCAGAACACCCAUGCUGGCCUACCAGGGGGUGAUGCAGGGCCAGGUGGGGGGGGCGUAGGAGGUCCACAGCAGCCCCCUCAGGGCCCUCAGCCCACUCAGAGUGGACCCCCCCCUCCAUCCUCUCAGGCCCUGCUCCAACAGGCUCUUCACCAGAGACUGCUCCAGCAGCAGCAACAUCUGGGCCCUGGGGGGUCACCGGCUCAACACAGCAAUCCCAUGAGCCCUCAGCAGCCCCAGCAGAUGGCCCAGUCGCCGCACCCCCACCUGCAGGGCCAAGCGCUGCCCACGUCCCUCGCCAGUCAGGUGCGAUCCCCUCAGCCGUCGCCCAGACCCCAGUCCCAGCCGCCACACUCCAGUCCGUCCCCGCGCAUGCAGCCUCAGCCCUCCCCACAUCACAUCUCCCCCCAGAUGCAGACGGGUUCUCCACACCCAAGUCAUCUGAACCAGCAUCACCCAGGAAUCGUCCCUUCACAGCAGCAGCAGCAGCAGCCGGCGGCCCAGCAGCAACAGAACACUAUGGAGCAGUUUGGGUCAGACCAAAGCGCCAUGCUGUCUCAGCUGAGCAGCAUGGCCGGUCUACACGGGCCGGGGGGCAACGGUCAGGACCCGAUGGGCCAGAACAUAAAUCACAACCAUUUAGACAUCAUCUAGGACGUCUCUAUAAAGUGUCAAGAUGGGCUGAAACGCUCCGUGAUUCUUCGCACAAACUGCACUCACCCAGGACAGUGUUAUUGUUAUGACUUAGCCUUUCUUUUUUUAUACUUUAUUAAAUGUUAUUUAAAAUGUUUUCAAUAAAGAUGCAUUGAACUGAACUUCCUAUGGGAGAUGAACAAUAAAUCAAGCAGUUGUUAAAUGAAUUAGAAUAAAUGAAUUGUAAGUUAUUGCUGUUAAUAUAUUUUUUUGCCAAUUGUGGACAAAGAGGGGGACGGUGGUCUCUAGCACCCCUUUUAUCUCCACCUUUUGCAGAAGAGAAAGGUGAUAUUUUUGGGGUUUCCGGGGGUAAAUAGAAGUACUUGCCUUUUUUAAGAAAUGUUUUUAAUAUUUUAAAAGUGGUCGAGAAUUAAAGAAGAAAUGAUUUAAUGCAAAGAACUUUUUUUUGUUUGUGUUUUUUUUUUUUUUUUUAAUCCGUUUUGUUUGGCAUCAUUCAGUCUAUUUCUGUUUUGCAAAGUGAGGAUUAUUAAUGUAAAUCCAAACGUGAUGCAUAUCUUCCUUUUUAAAAUGUUUGCUUUAUUUAUUAUUUUCUUUCGGGCUGGGGUGGGGGUGUUGUGUACCUUGAGACUGCUACAAUUCGUAUAGAAAUCUAUUUUUGUUAUCGACUGUUAAGAUUGACUCUAGAUGUCUUUAGUUGUCCAGGUGGGAAUAAUGUCAGUGUUUUAUUGCAGUGUGGAGCAGGCAUCAUAUCUGACAUCCUGGCCAGCUUCUGUAUUGGACAUCGGUCAUGCUGGAAGGGACUCUCUCCCCCCACGCAAACAUGCAAGCCCUCUCCCUCGAAUGUGUGUGCACUCCUUCCUUUAAAAGACACUUGAUAUGGCGCAGCGGAGGCUUGGGGAGGGGGGGUGCAUACCUGUGUGCCUGAAACAUUUUGAGUACAUGGUCCAGGGUGUGAAAUGUGGGUGGGGUGGGGCUCCUUUUAGUGUUUUUUUUUUUUUAGGAUUCUACUGUUUGGAGUAAACAGAGGAUAAUGAUCCAAAUGAACUGUGUUGCACAGAAAUGAGGUGAAAGAUAUGAGCAGUCGGUCUCCGUCUCUUUCUGCCUCGUCCCCUUUGCUGCUUCCCUUGGACUUUAAAUCCCGCUCCUCCUCCUUCUCCACCCCCAUCUUUGGGGGAUGUUUAGCUCCCUCCCCUUAAACUCCAUCCUCUUUAUCUUUCUGCUACGAACUUUGGGAGUUUAAUUUAAUAUUUUUUACUGUACAAAGGAAACACAAACUGUGGACUCAAAUACUGUUUUUUAUAAUAAAAUUAAAAUUACCAAUA